CAGGGUGGCCCCUCAGAACGCCACAGUCCGGAAGUGGGGUAGGACGGCAGGCGCUGCAGGGCCGUAGGCUCCGCGAUGAAGACCGAGGUGCUUGGUGCGGCGGUCCUAGAAGUGAGCCUGCCCAGGAAACACACCCUGUGGUGAACGUGUCCAGAAACCGGGACUUGUCCUGAGCCUCCCUCGGCUUUACUCCCAGGCGGUCACCAAGUCGCGAAGAAUUUUGAAAAUGGCUGCAGCUCCUCAAGCACUGGGGAGGGGUUCUGUCCGUAAGACAAGACCUUUAACUGUAAAAACAUCGUUGAACAACCCAUAUGUUAUCUCCUGGAGUACUCUGGAGAGAGAGGAUAUGCACUUCAUAUUACAGACACUUGAAGACAGAUUUAAAUGUAUUGGACUUCAGAAGAUUGAAGAUAAGAAGAAAAAGAAAAAUCAGCCUUUUUUCAAAAAGCCAAGCAGAGAAAAAUGUAACACUGAUGUCAGUAUUAGUGAGGAUCUAAAGGAGGAAAAACCAGGUGAUAACCAACAAGUAUCAGGGUGGACUCCUGUGCAUGUCAGGAAGCAGCUUGCUAUUGGAGUCAAUGAAGUUACCAGAGCUCUGGAAAGGAACGAACUGCUAUUAGUCCUGGUGUGUAAGUCAGCCAAGCCUGCAGUCAUUACCUCACACUUGAUUCAGUUAAGUUUAAGCAGAACUGUUCCUGCUUGCCAGGUUCCCCGUCUCAGUGAGAGAAUUGCACCUGCCAUUGGCUUAAAAUGUGUCCUAGCCCUGGGGUUCAAAAGAAAUACCACCGAUUUUGUUGAUGAAGUAAAAGCUAUAAUUCCCAGAGUACCCAGUUUAAGUGUGCCAUGGCUUCAAGGCAGAAUUGAAGACUCCUUGGAAAAUUUAGAGACUGAAUCUUUGGAAAGGCAAGAUCAAGAGGUUUUGGAAACUUCAUUUGAAGACCUGUCUAAACACAAGAGAAAGCUUGGUGAGGGUCAGAAGGCCUCUGCUGUUGUGUUACAACCCCUUAAAAUAAAGAAAUUAAUACCAAAUCCUAAUAAGAUAAGGAAACCACCUAAAAGUAAAAAGUCCACUUCAAAGUAAUCUUGUCAUUUUAUACAGUUUGUGAAAUUAUACCUUGCAGAGAAGUCUGGAAACUAAUAAAAUGAGUUACUAAUUAUUUAUCUUCUUA